AUGAAUGGAGCGUCGCUCGUUAUAGUGAUCAUCGUCUGCAUGUUGGUCAUGCACGUGUCCACUCUGGUGAUCUUCUUCUACAAAGACCGCAUCAUGGCAUUCUUGGAUGAGAUGUCCACCGACGUGUUACUCAGCGAGAUGUCCAAGCGGGGCCUGAUACCGGCCUCUGCUGCCAUCGCGACUACUACGACGUACGAUCCUCCGCCUAUGCAUCUCUACGAGCCCGCUCUCGAGUACCGCCCUUGGCGGCCGUACGAGCAACCCGUGGACAGGAGGCUUCCUGCCCUCCCGCCGCCCGCGAAGAAGCCGGAACGACGGAUCAUGCCUCUGCAAGAUUCGACGGACAUACCGGCGGCGCCGUGUGACAUGUAUCAGCCAUUCAUGCACCCCGCAUUCGGACAGGAGUACGGCCAGACGGAAGGUCUGGUGACCGCGGAUAAGACCGUGGACUGGAACGCAGCGACCGCGCGGGUCCGAACUGGAGCGACCACGUGGCCGAGCUUGACCGCUCGGACGGAUGACGUGGCGAAGGCGAAGGCACCGUGCGGCGUGCUGAUCCUGAUCUCGUCCCUCGCGGUCCUGCCGAACCGACGACGGUCCACCGGCUCGAUGAACAAGGACCCGAAACCGUCCAUCGACCGCCCUAAAUGGAGACCUCAGCCGAGAGCGGCCCUAAACCGAGAUCACUCUAUCAUGAGACGAUGGCGCCUUGCGAGAGGUGCGGUGCGACCACGAAGAAAAGCACAGAAAGUGGUAGAAUCCCCUUCUAGCCUCCGUUGCGUAAGGCGCGUGAGGACGAAGCGCCCGCGACAUUUGCCGUAUUUGCCGAUCGACAUCCAGCGUCAGAUCUUUUCGAACGUGCCGGAUAUCGAACUCUUCUUGAAAGGGGAUCUGCAGCUGCAACACUACCUGAUCAAGCACGACAUGCUGACAGAGCCGCAGCUGUGCCUGGCAUGGGCUGCACGACAGGGGCAUUCUAAGUUGGUGCAUCUGCUACUUCGGGCGGGAAUAGAGCCAUGCCCCCAGGCUUCCAAAAUGGCUGGGAAGGGGGGGCAUGUGUUUCGCGAUGAGUCGAGGUCGAACGGAGCUCUCGUCGAGUAUCACGUGAAACGAGGCGAGUUUUGCGAGGCGGGGCGCAUCUUCGACUCUACGCAUGACAUCUCCGAUCGUACUUUCGACGAUGCCUUAUCCAAACGGCUCGGUUCCCAAGACGCACCAUUGAGAGAGGAAGAGGUGUGCGCCCUUCUGCGGAUGUGGCCCGCGGCGAAACAUUCCUUCGUAUACUGGGCGUCCGUCCGGGGAUUACCGUCGUUGCUGCAGUCGGGUCUCGAUGCUGGUGGGAAUGCAGAUGAUUGGGGUGGCGCAGUCUGGAACGCCCUGGAAAAAGGCCAUGCUGACUGCGCUGAGUUACUCAUCCGGUCCGGCACCGAGGAAAUAUCGUUCGAGUUUUACAAAGCCCCAUUCAAAUUUAGAUAUAUCUGCAAGAAUGGGCACGUCGAUACACUUCGAUUAGCACUUCGGUUUGGGCAACCGUCGCAGAACGAGCUGGACGAAGCAUUGGAAGAUGCCGCAGAUGCUGGGCACACAGGAGUCGUCGAUGUCCUGCUCCAGCACGGGGCGAAACCUCGAGAAUCUGCGAUAUUCGCCGCCGCAAGCGCGGGGCAUUUAGAAACAUACCGCACACUCGUGGCUAGACCCAAUCUCCACGGUGUGACCUAG